AUGUUUACACAGCACCCUGGUCUGGCCUGGCAAGCUGCUCUACGCAUGUCCGACGUCCAACUGGAGUUACUCACCGAUCCUGAUAUGUAUCUCUUUAUAGAAAAGGGCAUUCGAGGUGGCAUCGCUAUGAUUUCACAUCGCUUCAGCCAAGCCAAUAAUAAAUAUAUGGAAAAUUAUGACCCAACGAAGCCAUCAUCUUAUAUUAUGUAUUUGGAUGCCAAUAACCUUUACGGAUGGGCCAUGAGCCAAGCUUUACCAACCCAUGACUUCAAGUGGCAUGACGGACCUCUUAACUUCAUGGAGAUGGCUGACGAUGCGGAAGAAGGAUGUAUCCUUGAAGUUGAUCUGGAGUAUCCAAGGGAACUUCACGAUGAUCAUUCGGACUAUCCUCUUGCUCCCGAACAAGUCGUCGUGACUCCUGAUAUGUGGUCACCUUACACGCGAGACCUGGCAACUAAAUUCCAAAUCCCACCGAGCAGUUCUACCAAACUGGUGCCAAAUCUGCGACCUAAGCAUCGGUACGUGAUACAUUACCGAAAUCUGAAGCAGUAUGUUUCACUGGGGCUUCACGUGACCAAGAUCCAUCGAGUGCUGACGUUCAAACAAUCUCCUUGGCUUGCAACAUACAUUGAAUUCAACACUAGGCAACGUAAACUGGCUAAAUCUUCAUUCGAAAAAGAUUUAUUUAAACUCUUAAACAAUUCAGUUUUCGGAAAGACGAUGGAAAAUCUCAGAAAACGUACCUGCAUUGAUCUGGUUCAUCGAGAGAAACGAGCCAAGAAGUUAGUCGCUGCUCCAACAUUUCAUUCCUUCAAGAUCAUCACAGACGAUCUGGCAGCCAUUGAGCGACGGAAAACCAGCUUGGUUCUGAAUCGUCCUAUCUAUGUAGGCUUCAGCAUCUUGGAUUUAUCAAAAACGUUGAUGUAUCAAUUUCAUUAUGGAUAUAUCAAGAAAACAUAUGCAUCAAAGGCCCGUUUAUUAUUCACAGACACCGACAGUCUUUGUUACGAAAUAGAAACUGAUGAUAUUUUUCAAGACAUGGGCAACAAUCUGAACUUAUUCGAUACCUCAGAUUACCCAGAAAAUCAUCCCCUCUACAGCCUUACCAAUAAAAAGACGAUCGGUAAAAUGAAAGAUGAACUAUCUGGACAAAUUGCCCAAGAAAGAAUUUGUUGGACUCACUCAAGCCAAAAAUGUACAGCCUACUGA